UCCAGCGAGAGAAAGGGGGGCGAUAUCGCCAAGUCUUCGAUCGCUCAUCGAUGCGCCGGGAAGAAGGAUGAUUCUCAGCAGCCGCAGUUUCCUCUCGGCCCUGAUUUGGUCCCUGGCGGCAUGGAUUCUCGUCAUGCAGCUCUACAUGGCGUUCUUCCCGCCCCAGCUCGUGCUCUUCGACGAUCCUCGCUCGCACAGGCGCGGCGGCGGGAGCUUCGUCAGGACGGAGGAGCGGAUGAUGCGAUCGCUGGGCGGCGGCGAGGGGAGGUACGAGAAUCUCACAAUGCUGGAGAAGGAAGAAAUUUUCAAGGCUUCUUCCGCGAGGAAUGUGUCGGAUUUUCCAGACAUUGGCCUCGUUCUAGAUCCUGUCAAUGCUCCAGCGCAGGAUAGGAAUUUUUUUUUCCCAGGAAGGCACUGGCUCGACUCCAGCGGGAAUUCCAUUCAAGCACAUGGUGGAGGAAUUCUUUAUGUUCCAAGCACUGGAAUUUUUUAUUGGUAUGGUGAGAACAAGGAUGGUCCUACAUACUACGCUCCCACGGAAUACGAGUCUCUAGCCAGAGUUGAUCUCAUUGGAGUGAGUUGCUACUCCUCCAAAGAUCUCUGGCUCUGGAAGUACGAGGGACUCGUUCUCGAAGGUGACAAGGAAGACGAGAGCAGUGACUUAUACUACAAGAACGUUUUGGAGAGGCCGAAAGUUAUCUACAACGAACGAAGCCAGCAGUACGUGAUGUGGCUACACAUUGACAGUGCAAACUACACCAAAGCUUCGCUGGGUGUCGCUGUAAGUUCUCGACCGGAGGGGCCGUUUGAGUUCUUGGGAAGCAAGCAGCCUCACGCUUUCGAGAGCAGGGACAUGACAGUGUUUAAGGACGAAGAUGGCACGGCUUACGUCGUUUACUCCUCGGAAGGAAACAGUGCUCUACACAUCACUCCGCUUCAAGACGACUAUCUCGAGUUCCGGAACGUCAUGUCGAGGGUGUUUGUGGAUCAACACAGGGAAGCUCCAGCAGUUUUCAAGCAUCGCGGGAUUUACUACAUGGUCACCUCCGAUUGUACAGGAUGGGCUCCAAACACAGCUUUGGUUCAUGUAGCGGAAAACAUGCUGGGACCUUGGGAGACUGCCGGGAAUCCAUGCGUGGGUGGAACGUCGUGGUUUAGAUCGACGACUUUCUUCUCGCAGGGAAGUUUUGUUCUUCCGUUGCCUGGGCUUCCCAACACUUUCCUCUUCAUGGCGGAUAGGUGGAACUCUACAGAGUUGCGGCACUCGAGAUAUGUUUGGUUGCCACUUACGGUGGAUGGACCGGUUGACGAGCCAGUGGAAGGCUUGUUUGAGUUCCCGUUUUGGUGGAGGGUCUCCAUACGAUGGUACUCGAGAUGGAAGCUGCCGGUGGAUUGGGAGAGGAACAAACAGUGACAGGGUCUCCAUGUAGGGUUUAUAUAUGGAGGAAAGGCAAGCGCAGGUGGAGAAAAAUGCGAACGAAUGAGGUGGGUCUUU